UGCAUUGCUUUGUAGCCACACGUGCUCGAUCCAACAUGUCAGCUCCUGUUGGGACGAUGGCCGAAGACUCAAGCAGUGAAGAUGAAGAUUUUAAGGAAGCAGCUUGGAGUUUUGGCACAUAUGGAACACACAAUGCCAACCCGGCAGAUGGGGUAAGCAAUGUCAAGCAAUCCCGUCGUGUGGCUGUAUCUAAACAUGAACAUGAUGGGAACGAGUUGCAGACGACCCCGGAGUUCCGUGCGCACGUUGCAAAGAAAUUAGGGGCUCUGCUUGACAGUUGUAUUUCAGUGAUAUCUGCAGAAACAUCAAGACCCUGCACAGAGUCAACCAAAUGUGAAGAUGGUUUUGAAGGUUUCCGGCUGUUCACCACAUCUGUCCCAGGAGAGUUUACCAUUGAUCCCCCUCCUCCUCCUGUAAGGCGCAGGCCCAUCCCCAGCUCAAGUGACAGUGACAGUGAAAUGGAGAUGAGACUGAGAGAGGCAGCAGUGUCAGUCACAGACCUCCUAUCAUCAGCUCUCCCCAGCGAGAUUACACAUUCCCUGCCGGAGUCCCCCAGCUCAGAGAAAAUGAAGAAGAAGAAGAACAACAAAGGAGAGGAGGCAGAAAGAGAGGACCAUAAUAACAGCCCUGUCCCAAAGAAAAAUAAGAAAAGGAAAGCUCUCCAGGGGGAGUGUGGAGAGGUAGAGCACUGUGGAGAAUCCUCACCUAAUGCUAAAUCCGAUGAGGAGCAGAAGAGGCCAGAAGAGAACAUUCUACCCCUGAAGAAGAAGAAGAAGAAGAAAAAAGGCACAGAUGAAGUAUAAAAGCACUGAGAGACUUGUGUGCUGUUAUUUGGGAUGUUGGCUGUUUGUUCCAUACUUGUGAGUACUUGGGAAUCUUAUCACUGAUUAUAACAUGGUCAGGUCAUACACUUAUAUCACAGCAAUUUUGUACUAUGUAGAUUGCAUUCCAGAAAAUAACAAUGUGAUCUUUCAGAAAUGUGAAAUAAGUCUUUCACAAGAUAUUUGAUGACCGUUUUCUCUACCCAAAACACAAUUUGUUCUAUGCCUUGUUUCGUAAAGGACGUCGUUUACACUGAAUUCGACUUACAUGUAAGUUUAUGAGCAGGAUGCUACAAUCCUUUUUUAUUAACAAUUCUCUGUUGAUAACGUACACACUCUGGCCAGUUUAUUUGGUACAAUACCCUGUUCACAAAAAUUGAUCGCUUGUACAGACAGUGAGUCACUUGGCUGUGGCUUGGUAUAUAAGACGGGCAUCGAGGCAUUCAGUUACUGUUCAAUUGAAUGUUAGAAUGGGCAAAACGAGUGACCUAAGCGACUUUGAGCAUGGUAUGAUCAUCUGUGCCAGGUGCACCGGAUCCAGUAUCUCAGAAACAGCCACCCUCCUGGGCUUUUGACGGUGUCUAGGGUUUACAGAGAAUGGUGCAACAAACAAAAACAUCAGUCAGUGGCAGUCCUGUGGGCAAAAACAGCUUGUUGACGGAAAAUGGCAAGAAUCGUACAGGCGGGCCACAAAUAGACAUAUAACGGCGCAGAAGGGCAUCUCGGAACGCACAACUUGUCGAUCCUUGCCACGAAUGGGCUAUAGCAGCAGACAACCACACUGGGUUCCUUUCCUUAUCAGCUAAAAACAAGAGGAAGUGGCAAUUAUUUAUCUGAUUUAUUGAAAUACAUUUGCCGAAGUUAUAGAAUUACUGCUGUCUGUUCAGAAAGAAAUGAAAUAAUUCAGAAUACUCUACUACACAAUGAAAAGGACUACACUGCGUGCACAGCUAUUGGGUAAGUGAGUAUUCUGAUCUUAUUAUUUUUAUGCAUAUUUUCCAAUUGCAAACCAUAUGCACUUGAAUGCUUAUUGGAUUUAAUCAUUUUCAGGUGAUAUGUAUUUGUGUAAUGAGGGAGGGUGUGGUGAAAGUGAAUAACAUCUUAUAUCAAGGUGUGCAUAAUUAUUAGGCAGCUUCAUUACUUCAGAUAAAAUGGGCCAAAAAAGAGAUUUAACUGACACUGAAAAGUCAAAAAUGGUAAAAUACCUUUCAGACGGAAGCCACACUUGAAAUACCUAACUAUUGAGGCGUGACCACCGGACAAUCAAACGUUGUGUUUGCGAAUAGUCAACUGGGGCGCAAAAAAACACAUGGGGAAGAAAAGCGGCAGAAGACUUGAUAGGAAUUAAACAUAAAGCUACCAGGAACCCAUUAUCCUCCAGUGCCACCAUAUUCCACAACUGCAACCUACCUGGAGUGUCCAGAAGUACAAGGUGUCAGGUGCUCAGAGACAUGGCCAAGGUCAAGAAGGCUGAAACACGACCACCACUGAAUAAGAUUCACAAGUUGAAGUGUCAAGAUUGACAAAUCUGUCUUCAGGUAUUUCUUUGCCCAAAGGUUUUAUGGGCAGAUGAAAUGAGAGUGACUUGAUGGAUGGGAGUCAGGUGCCAGCAAGGUGGAAGAGGGGUACUGGUAUAGGCUGCUUUCAUUAAGGAUGAGGUAGUUAGACCUUUUCAGGUUGAAGAUGGUCUGAAACUCAACUCCCAAACCUACUACUGGUUUCUGGAAGAUACUUUCUUCAAGCAGUGUUACAGGAAGGCCAUGAUCUUUAUCCAGGAUAAUGCUCCAUCACAUGCAUCCAAGUACUCAACUGCUUGGCAAGCCAGCAAGGGCCUCAAAGAUGCCCGAAUAAGGACCUGGCCCCGUUCCUCACCCGACUUAAAUCCUAUUGAGAACUUGUGGGCCCUUCUCAAAUGUGAGAUUUACAGUGAGGGAAGACAAUACACCUCUUUGAACAGCAUUUGGGAGGCUGUGGUUGCUGCUUCAGCGAAAGUUGAUCAUGAAUAGGUCAAGAAACUGACAGACUUCAUGGAUGGAAGGCUCAUGGAAGUUGUUGAAAAGAAGGGUGGUUAUAUUGGUCACUGAAUAUUUUAGAAAGGCCAACAUUUUUAUUUAAUUGUCAUUUUGUGUUAUUUGUUACACUUACUCUAAAAAUGGAGAAUUAACAAGUGAGUUGGGAGAAAUUCUUUUUGUAAUUUAGUUACCUAAUAAUUCUGCAGACAAAACUCACUUCCUUUGUUAAACAUUCAGGUUUGAGGUUCAAUAACAUUUUGGAUUGACUGUUUGUUAAACAACCAAAUUUAUCCUAAUUGUGCACGCAGUGUAUAAUUUAGCCACAGAGGAUCAAUAGCUUCUUAAAAAAUAUAACCAAGCUGUGGAUUGUGUGUUGCCCAAUAACAAGGCAUAGCCUACAGUCGAAUGUGUGGCAAAUCUUUCAGUGAAAAGCAUGCAGACAAAACAGGCCUUUCGCAAUAUUUCAAAUACAAUCGCAGGAAAACACAGGUUGCAAAGCAAAUGGCUCCUGCUGAGAAUAGAAGACUAAUCUAUCUGCUGUAGGCUACGAAAAUAUUUGAUCAACUUCCAAAUAUUGUUUUACAAAGUGAAAUAGCCUAGGUGUGUGCGUGUGUGUUUUACAAAGUAAAACUAGAGCGAGAGGCUUUUUGCACUGACACCGGCUGUCACCAGCGAGUGAGCUGUGCAUGGUGAGUCAGUGGAUUAUAAUUUCCUCCUCAUAUUGUAGCCUACAAUAUGUCUCCAGAAGCAUAGGCUAUGAUACAGUCGUUUUCAUUGGUCUCAGUUUGUCAGUGUCAAAGUAUCCUGUCAUUUAGAUAAUUUGUGCAGUAUUAAAAAAUGUUCUUCCAGUCUCCAGUCAAGUCUCCAGUCAUGUACAAAAUGACAGAAUUGCAAGAAAUGCAUUUAUAAAAGGCACAUUUCUUUCCAGAACCUAGGCAACUAAAAAUGUUCCA